GCGGCUAUUUGACGUGCGGCUCGCGGAAGGCGAAGGUUUUUGUGUUGCGAUCCCGGGCUAGCGGCGGCGGCGGCGGCGGCGGCGGCGUCGUCGGUGGAGGAGGGGUGGAAGCGCGGCGACUGCUGCACCGCGCGCUCCAAGCUGCGGAGCGAGCCCACCCGCCCGGGAGCUCGCCUCCCGGUGCUCCCCCUCCCUCCCCGCCCCCCCCAGUGGCGCUGCCUCCUCCAAAUGAGCGAUUCGCCCGCUGGAUCUAACCCAAGGACACCCGAAAGCAGCGGCAGCGGCAGCGGCGGCGGCGGGAAGAGGCCGGCGGUGCCGGCGGCGGUGUCCCUCUUGCCCCCGGCGGACCCCCUGCGCCAAGCGAACCGGCUCCCUAUCAGGGUCCUGAAGAUGCUGAGCGCUCACACCGGCCACCUCCUGCACCCGGAGUACCUGCAGCCGCUGUCUUCCACUCCCGUCAGCCCCAUUGAGCUGGACGCCAAGAAGAGUCCGUUGGCGCUGCUGGCCCAGACUUGUUCGCAGAUCGGCAAGCCGGACCCGCCGCCCUCGUCCAAGCUCAACUCGGUGGCGGCGGCAGCCAACGGGCUGGGAGCCGAGAAGGACCCCGGCCGCUCCGCCUCGGGCGCUGCCUCCGCGUCUGCGGUGCUCAAGCAGCUGGGGGACUCCCCAGUGGAGGACAAGUCCAGCUUCAAGCCCUACUCCAAGGGCUCCAGCGGCGACUCCCGCAAAGACAGCGGCUCCUCCUCCGUGUCCUCCACCUCCUCUUCCUCCUCGUUGUCCCCGGGAGACAAGGCGGGCUUCAGGGUCCCCAGCGCCGCCUGCACGCCCUUCCCCCCGCAUGGAGCGCCCGUCUCCGCAUCGUCGUCUUCCUCGUCGCCGGGUGGCUCCCGGGGCGGCUCCCCGCACCACUCUGACUGCAAGAAUGGCGGCAGCGGGGAGCUGGACAAGAAAGACCAGGAGCCCAAGCCCAGCCCGGAGGCUGUGUCUGUGAGCCGCGGGAGCAGCGGGGAGCCUGGCACACACGGUGGCGGUGGCGGCGGUGCCGACGCCGGGGCCUCGGGGCGCAAGUCGGAGCCGCCCUCGGCGCUGGUAGGGGCCGGCCACGUGGCACCGGUGUCCCCCUACAAACCCGGCCACUCGGUUUUCCCGCUGCCGCCGUCCAGCAUCGGCUACCACGGCUCCAUCGUGGGCGCCUACGCCGGCUACCCCUCCCAGUUCGUGCCUGGCCUGGAUCCUAGCAAGUCUGGCCUCGUGGGAGGCCAGCUGUCGGGGAGCCUGGGCCUGCCACCAGGCAAGCCCCCCAGCUCGAGCCCCCUCACCGGGGCCUCCCCGCCCUCCUUCCUGCAGGGAUUGUGCCGCGACCCCUACUGCCUGGGAGGUUACCACAGCGCCUCGCACCUCGGCGGCUCCAGCUGCUCCACUUGCAGCGCGCACGACCCAGCGGGGCCCAGCCUGAAGGCCGGCGGCUACCCGCUGGUGUACCCCGGGCACCCUCUGCAGCCCGCCGCACUCUCGUCCAGCGCCGCCCAGGCCGCGCUCCCAGGCCACCCCCUCUACACCUACGGCUUCAUGCUGCAGAACGAACCGCUGCCGCACAGCUGCAACUGGGUAGCGGCCAGCGGGCCGUGCGACAAGCGCUUCGCCACCUCAGAGGAGCUGCUCAGCCACCUACGGACUCACACGGCCCUGCCCGGCGCGGAGAAACUUCUGGCCGCCUACCCUGGGGCCUCGGGCCUGGGCAGCGCUGCCGCAGCCGCCGCAGCCGCCGCCUCCUGCCAUCUGCACCUCCCCCCGCCCUCCGCCCCGGGCAGCCCCGGAUCGCUGUCCUUGCGGAGUCCACACACUUUGGGGCUAAGCCGGUACCACCCCUACGGCAAGAGCCACUUAUCCACAGCUGGGGGGCUGGCCAUGCCGUCUCUCCCCACAGCCGGACCCUACUACUCGCCAUAUGCGCUGUACGGACAGAGACUAGCCUCAGCCUCGGCGCUCGGAUACCAGUAACUACAGCUCUUCCUCCCGCCCGCACCCUGACCCUCCCCCAGCCUCCUGGCCUGGCCGCUGCAACCUCCACUACUGCUUGUCCUGCCAGAUUCCCCCGCCCAGACCCUCCCCACCGGACUGUGUAUUUAUUUACUAUAAUGUUAGCUUACAAGCUGGGAAUAUAAGUGCAUUAACGGCCCACACGAGUCAAUGGUAUGCAAAAAGUCUGUGUUUUCCCCCAAAUAAUAUUAAUCACACAAGUAACGACAUGCUCCCCGUCCCACUUCCUUUAUUUUUUUUCUUUUUCUUAGAUAUGUUUUCAUUUGUUUUCCUUUUGCCUUUUUUCUUUUUUUUUUUUUUCUUUUUUUUUUUGGUUUGGUCUUAGGGGAAGAGGGAGAGUUGGGGUUCUGGGGUUCUUCUCUUUGUUUUGUUCUCCCUUCCUGGGGAGUUUCUUGCAUGCUUCUUAACCAUUAAAACUACAUUUCCCCUUUUCCCCUUGUUCCCCUUCAUUCCCUCAUUUUCUUCCAUUUGAGGUUCUGUUUUUACCUUUGUACAAGUAACAGAGAGGAGAUAUUUUUUGUAACGUAUUUGGAGGGUGCGGGGAGGGGCCUUCGUGGCAGGAGGUCUUGCCUCUGUUGACCCAGAACUCUACUCUGUGACUUCUCUCCUGCGACCCUCUCCUCCUAGGGUCCCUGGUCUUUGCCCUGGCCCCCAAAAUUAGAGCCUUUCUUCCCUACCUUGCUCUGAGUAUGGAGAGCCCUGAGAGAGGGACCCGAGGGGCCUUGGACAGAGCCCUACUUCCAGACUCUUCCAACCCCAAACACUGCCCGCUGGGUAGGGAGGAGGGGUGUGGUCCUAUAGGGCUCAUCUUAUUCAAUUAAAAGUCCUAGAAGGCCUUGCCGGCAUGAAACUUUGCUUUUUAUAUUUUGCAAAGUGCUUUUAUAGUCAUUGUUUUUCUCUCCGUUAUUGGGGCAGUGGUCCCUCUCCUGGCGGUGGGGGGUGGCGUCAGCGAUCCUUGCUAGAUCCCUCCAAAGCAGACCAGUGGCAUUAUCAGUGGGCAGUACAACCUUUUAGCUCCGUCGGGGGGAGAUUGUACAGUAAGGGAGCAUACAGAUCGCAAUAGCCCCCUUCACCCCUUCCCAGGCUUGUCCCAACAGAUUCCCCAAAGUUGGGGACUUCCUUGGGCUCCCUCAGCGACUGGGAUUGAAGACUUGGGCCCUGGGUCUUCUCCCCACACCGCCCCUUCUCUUAAUGCAGCAUCGUGGGGAGGCUGCGGGGCCUCUCUGGGAUGAAUAGAGCUCUCCCUUGGUAAGACUUAUUUUGUUAAUAAAUGAAAUACUUGGCUAUA